AUGGAUAUUUCAAAACCUAUUGGUUCUGAAAUUACCUCUUUGGAUUUCAGUGUAUUGACAUCCCAAGAAAUUCGUAAUUUAUCCGCCAAGCAAAUUACAAAUCCAACUGUUUUAGAUAACUUGGGGCAUCCAAUUAAUGGUGGUUUAUACGAUUUAAGUUUAGGUGCCUUUUUACGUAACUUGUGUGCCACUUGUGGUUUGGAUGAAAACUAUUGUCCCGGUCACCAGGGUCACAUCGAAUUACCGGUUCCAUGUUACAACCCAUUGUUCUUUAACCAAUUAUAUAUUUAUUUACGUUCUUGUUGUUUAUAUUGUCACAAUUUCCGUUUAAGAAAGAUUGAAGUUCAUCGUUACGCUUGCCGGUUAAAAUUGCUGCAAUAUGGUUUGAUCGAUGAAUCGUAUAAACUAGAUGAACUCACCGUGGAUAAUAUGUCAUUUGCUGAAAAUGAUGAUGAUGAAGCCAUUGAAGAUAAUGGUGAUAAUACCUCUUCUUCACAUAACCAAAUCAGUGAAGCCAUUUUGGAUGAACUAAGAGCCAAACGUCAAGAAUUUGUAGAUGUUAGCAUUGCAAAAGCUUUAAGUGACGGCAGAACUUUUGAAACUGGUGUUUUCACUGCUACUGUUAAUGAUGAAAGAAAAAAUUUGAUCCACGAUUUUUACAAAAAGAUUUUAAGUAGACAAAAGUGUGAUAAUUGUGGUAUGUUUUCUCCAAAAUUCAGAAAAGAUGGAUUCACCAAGGUUUUCGAAACCGCAUUAACCGAUAAACAAAUCACCAAUAACAGAGUCAAAGGGUUAAUUCGUAAAGAUAUGAUUAAAAAGCAAAACCAAUCCAAGAAACUAAGUGGUGACGAAUCCAACACUUUGGAUGAUGAAAAUAUCCCGAUUAUGACCAAACCUAAAACUGGCUCUACCUAUAUCCUAAGUACUGAAGUCCGUAAUAUCUUGAGAGCCGUUUUCAAACGGGAACAACAAGUUCUACAAUAUAUCUUCUAUUCAAGACCAAAUUUGUCCAAAAAAUUGGUAAAGGCUGAUAUUUUUUUCAUGGAUGUAAUUAUCGUUCCCCCAACCAGGUUCCGUUUACCAUCUAAAUUGGGUGAUGAAGUUCAUGAAAAUGCCCAAAACCAAUUGUUGUCUAAAAUAUUGACCACUUCCUUGCUAAUUAGAGAUUUAAAUGAUGAAAUGAGCAAGUUGCAAAAAGAUGUUGUUUCUGUUGAUGAUAGAAGAAUUAUUUUCAAUAGAUUAAUGAACGCUUUUGUAACUAUCCAAAACGAUGUCAAUGCAUUCAUUGAUUCCACGAAAGCACAAAGUUCAGGAAGCAAUGGCCGAGUUCCUACUCCAGGUGUGAAGCAAGCUUUAGAGAAGAAGGAGGGUUUGUUUAGAAAGCACAUGAUGGGUAAGCGUGUUAACUAUGCUGCUCGGUCCGUUAUUUCUCCAGACCCAAAUAUUGAAACUAAUGAGAUUGGAUUACCACCUGUUUUUGCUAAAAAAUUAACUUAUCCAGAACCUGUUACUAGUUACAAUAUCGCUGAAUUGCGUCAAGCUGUGAUAAACGGUCCAGAAAAAUGGCCGGGUGCCACCCAAAUUCAAAAUGAAGAUGGCUCAUUGGUCUCUUUGGUUGGUAUGACUCUAGAGCAGCGUAAGGCCUUGGCAAAUCAAUUGUUGACUCCUUCUACUCAUAAUUUUAAUCACACUUUGAACAAGAAAGUUUACCGUCACAUUAAAAAUAGAGACAUCGUGAUUAUGAACAGACAACCAACUUUACAUAAGGCCUCUAUGAUGGGUCACAAAGUUAGAGUCUUGCCAUCGGAAAAAACUUUACGGUUGCAUUAUGCAAAUACCGGUGCCUACAAUGCUGAUUUUGAUGGUGACGAAAUGAACUUGCAUUUCCCACAAAAUGAAAACGCUAGAUCUGAGGCUUUGACUCUAGCAAAUACUGAUUCUCAAUAUUUAACUCCAACUAAUGGUUCGCCCGUAAGAGGUUUGAUCCAAGAUCAUAUUUCUGCAGGUGUUUGGUUGACCAAUAAGGAUAGUUUUUUCACUAGAGAGCAGUACCAGCAAUAUAUAUACAGCUGUAUUCGUCCAGAACAUGGACACGCUUCUAGAAAAAAAAUAGUUACUGUAACACCAGCUAUUAUUAAGCCCGUGCCUCUAUGGACUGGUAAGCAGAUAAUAACUACUGUUUUGCUAAAUGUCACUCCUCCUGACAUGCCGGGCAUAAACUUGAAGUCUAAAAAUAAAAUCAAAAACGAAUAUUGGGGCAAACACUCUCACGAAAAUGAAGUUAUUUUUAAGGAUGGCCAAUUACUAUGUGGUAUCUUGGAUAAAUCACAAUACGGUGCUUCUAAAUAUGGUAUUGUUCACUCUUUGCACGAAGUUUAUGGCCCUGCAACUGCUGCUAAGAUUUUAUCAGUUUUGGGUAGAUUAUUUACAAACUAUAUUACUUCUACAGCUUUCACUUGUGGUAUGGAUGAUUUACGUUUAACUCCCCAAGGUAACAAGUGGAGACGUGAUAUUUUAGCCACUUCAAAUGACACUGGUAGAAGCGCUGCUGCCGAAGUUACUAAUUUGGACAAGGACGUUGCUCAAGAUGAUCCAGAAUUGAAAAGACGUUUAGAGGAAAUUUUACGUGAUGAUAACAAACUGGCCAUUUUAGAUGCUAUUACCUCCAAUAAGGUCAACGGCAUUACUUCCAAAGUUGUUUCCAAGUGUGUUCCUGACGGGACCAUGAAAAAAUUCCCGGAAAACUCUAUGCAAGCGAUGGCUCUAUCUGGUGCUAAAGGUUCUAAUGUUAAUGUUUCCCAAAUUAUGUGUUUAUUAGGUCAACAAGCUUUAGAAGGUAGAAGGGUUCCUGUCAUGGUUAGUGGUAAAACUCUACCUUGUUUCAAACCAUUUGCAACUGAUGCAAUGGCUGGUGGCUAUAUUAAGGGUCGUUUCUAUUCCGGGAUCAAUCCCCAGGAGUAUUAUUUCCACUGUAUGGCUGGUCGUGAGGGUUUGAUUGACACUGCUGUGAAAACAUCCAGAUCCGGUUACUUACAACGUUGUUUAACCAAACAAUUAGAAGGUGUUCACGUCUCAUACGACAACACAGUUAGAGACGCUGACGGCACUUUAAUUCAGUUUAUGUAUGGUGGAGAUUCUGUUGACAUUACCAAAGAAUCACACUUGGUUGAGUUCAACUUUUGUGUUGAUAAUUACGAUUCCUUAUUGGUCAAGUAUAACCCUUCCGCCUUAGUGGAACACUUGAACGUUGAUUCUGCUAUCAAGUAUGCCAAGAAGGCUUUGAAAUAUAGAAAGAAGCAUAAGAAUGAACCACAUUACGAACAAACCGUCAAAUAUGAUCCAGUGUUAGCCAAAUACAACCCAGCUAAAUAUCUGGGCGCCGUCUCUGAAAACUUUCAGGAUAAAUUAGAAAACUUUAUUGAUAGCAAUUCGUCGUUGUUUAAAAAUAACAAAGGCAUAACUGAUAAGAAGUUUAAGGCUUUGAUGCAAUUGAAAUAUAUGCGUUCUUUAAUUAAUCCAGGUGAAUCUGUUGGUAUUAUUGCUUCACAAUCUAUUGGUGAACCAUCAACUCAAAUGACAUUGAAUACCUUCCAUUUUGCUGGUCAUGGUGCUGCAAAUGUUACAUUAGGUAUUCCUCGUCUAAGAGAAAUUGUAAUGACAGCAUCAGCUGCGAUUAAGACUCCGCAAAUGACAUUGCCUAUUUUAGAUGACGUUACUGAUGAUCAAGCUGAUGCUUACUGUAAAUCUGUUGCCAAAGUUUUAUUGUCAGAAGUUGUUGAUAACGUCACUGUCACUGAAACUGUCGGUUCGGCUACUUCUCGUUCCUAUGUUGUUCAUAUGAAUUUCUUUGACGAAGAGGAAUAUAAUGACGAAUAUGAUGUUGGUAAGAAACAAUUGGACACUGUUAUCAGUGAACGCUUUUUGGAUUUGUUAGAAUCGGCUAUAGUUAAAGAAAUUAGAAAACAAAAAAUAAAAACGAGUUUACCAGAUGAUAUUAACGUUGCUGUUCCAAAAUCGCAGUCAGCCUUGGGUGCAUAUGCUACCACUAUGGCUGAUGCUGCUGAUAACGAUGAAGAAGAGGCACGCAAGAAGGGUAAACAGGCCGUUUCUUAUGAUGAUCCAGAUGAAGACGAAAUAGACACUAUGAGACAGGCAGAAAAAUCGGAUGAUGAAGAUAUGUUGAAUUCAGAUACUGAAAAUUCAGGUCAGGACUCAGACUCAGACUCAGACUCAGACUCAGACAAAGAUGCCGAUGCCAUGGAUAUAGAUGAGAUUGAAACUGCGGCUACUGCUGCCCGUAAGAAUAUGACCAAAUCACAAUUGGACAGGCAAUCUUCCAUUAUCACUUCUCAUAAAUUUGUUACCAAGUAUCAAUUUGAUGAUGAUGCUGGUAAAUGGUGUGAAUUUAAAAUUGAGUUAUCUUCAGAUACCGAAAAAUUGUUAAUGGUUAAUAUCAUUGAAGCUAUAUGUCGUAUUUGUGUCAUAAGGGAAAUCCCACACAUUGGUCGCUGUAUUCAUCCUCAGCCAGAGGGUGGUAAGCGUGUUUUGGUCACUGAAGGUGUCAACUUUCAAGCGGUUUGGGACCAUGAUACAUUUAUUGAUGUCAAUGGUAUUAGAUCCAACGAUGUUGCUGCUGUGUUAAAAACUUAUGGUGUUGAAGCUGCCAGAAAUACUAUUGUCAAUGAAAUUAACAACGUUUUCUCUCGUUAUGCCAUUUCUGUUUCUUUCCGUCAUUUAGAUUUAAUCGCUGAUAUGAUGACAAGGCAAGGUUCCUAUUUGGCUUUUAAUAGACAAGGUAUGGAAUCAUCCACUUCUUCAUUGAUGAAAAUGUCUUAUGAAACUACUUGUCAAUUUUUAACUAAGGCCGUUUUGGACAAUGAUCGUGAAGAAUUGAAAAGUCCAUCUGCUAGGUUGGUUUUAGGUAAGCUAUCAGGUGUUGGUACUGGUUCUUUUGAUUUAUUAGCUAAACAAGUCAAUUUAUAA